GCCAAACUCCGAGCCCGGUAGUUCCGUUUCCGGCAGCACCAGAUAAGUCGCGGAAGAAAAGUUAAAACCUGCUGUUUGCAUUUAGGACCACUUCGGUUCACGAUGGUCCGUAGUGGGAAAAAUGGUGACCUUCAUCUUAAGCAGAUUGCCUAUUAUAAGCGCACAGGUGAAUACCACCCAACUACACUGUCAAGUGAGAGAAGUGGCAUAAGACGAGCAGCAAAGAAAUUUGUCUUCAAAGACAAAAAGCUGUUUUAUGUUGGAAAAGACAGAAAACAAAAUCGUCUGGUAGUUGUUUCAGACGAGGAAAAAAAGAAAGUCCUAAGAGAAUGCCAUGAAAAUGGCACUGGUGUUCAUCAUGGAAUAUCCAGAACUCUAACUCUGGUGGAGUCAAGUUACUACUGGACUUCUGUGACCAAUGACGUCAAACAGUGGGUAUAUGCUUGUCAGCAUUGCCAAGUAGCAAAAAAUACCGUUCUGGUGGGACCUCAGCAGCACCUUCUCACGGUGGGAAACCCAUGGAGUGUAGUUACUGUUGAUCUGAUGGGACCUUUUCAUACAAGUGACAGAAGUCAUGUGUAUGCUAUAAUCGUGACUGAUUUGUUCACAAAAUGGAUUAUGAUUUUGCCUUUAUGUGAUGUUUCAGCGUCUGAAAUUUCUAAAGCUAUUAUUAAUAUAUUUUUCUUAUAUGGACCUCCUCAGAAAAUAAUAAUGGACCAAAGAGAUGAAUUCAUUGACCAGAUCAAUACAGAACUGUAUAGAUUGUUCGGUACAAAACAGAUUGUAAUUUCUCAUGCUUCUGGAAGUGUCCAUCCAUCUGAGAGUAUGCCGAGCACAGUCAAAGCCUUUCUCUCCAAAUACUGUGCCGAGCACCCCAACACCUGGGAUGAAUACCUGCCAGCGCUUUCCUUUGCCUUCAAUGUGACGCGCUCAGAGUCUACUAAGAACACACCAUUUUUCCAAAUGUUUAACCGGAACCCAUGUGUGCUGGAGGAGUGUCCUCAUGAAGCGGGUGGUGAAAAUACAAGCGUGUUUGCCAGAAUCGUAGCUGCAGUCAGAGAGGCUGAUGCAGUACUGGAGAACAAGACACCAUCGGCCAGCCAGAUGGAGAAAAACAAUUUGGAUGAACUAAACAAAACCAAGCGUGUUAAAAAGAAACCAAAGCAGUUAAAUCCUUUUCACUUAAAAGUGGGUCAUGAAGUUUUAAGACAAAGGAAGAACUGGUGGAAAGAUGGCCGUUUCCAGUCUGAAUGGGUUGGUCCUUGUGUCAUAGACUAUAUUACAGAAGGUGGAUGUGCUGUCCUGAGAGAUAACACUGGGACCAGGCUUAAAAGGCCUAUCAAAAUGUCCCAUCUUAGACCUUAUGUGAGAGAGUCCGCUGAGCAAGACAGUCUUUAUCUCUUACAAGGUUCGGUAGUAGCAGAUCACGACUACGUUGGAUUACCUGAAAUCCCAGUUGGACCAUACCAGGCAAAUAUUUUGGUAGAAGAUGCAACUAUUGGUGUAGCUAAUAAUGAGUUAUUGGCAUCAAGCAAGGAUCAUGAACUCUUGGAAUACAGAAAUUCCAAAAUCUCUGCAUUGGGAGAGGAUAACAGUUCUCUUGAUAAACAGACUUUCAGUUUGCUUGAUUCUUCGACCCAAGUUCUUGAGUACUUAAGUUAGUAAAUACCAAAAUUUAAUUUAAAAUGCUUGUUUAGAAUGUAUAUAGUCCUUGGUUGUAAGCACUUUAUCUAUCAAAAUAGACUCUAUAGAAGAAAUUUCUUAGUACAAUAUUAUUAAUUAUAUUCUGAAGGCUUAUUUUAAACGUAUGUAAAGUUGUGGCACAUUUGAAUACAAAAAAUAUAUGUAAUAGAAAUAUACAUUGCUUAGAAUUCAGGAAUCUCUCAGACAACAGACAAAAUCCAUUUGCUUCUUUGGAAAUAAAUUCAAGGAGAAAAUUCUCAAACCUUUUUCUAAUAUUGGUACUGCACUUUCUGUUCUAGUUUUUUUUUUCAGAAAUAUCUCCCUCUUUGAAGUAAAUUUAAACAACUUUUGGCUUAGUUAAUAAAUAUUGAGUGAACAAUA